UUCUUAAUUCUUACACGCCAGACUAACGUUAAAGUUUAAACCCCACACUACACUUCAAUAAUUGAACUGGCCGGAAAAGAAAACCCCCGAGAAGGCAAGCGGAAAAAGGGCUUCGAAAUUCAGCACCGUUUCUUGGUAAUGGCAUCCAUGGCGGCCACGUCUCGCUUAACGAUUAGGAGCUUUGAAUCCGUUUCUCUCCCCCCUCAUUCUUCUUCUCUUCUCCGCACACAAAUUUCCUCUGUUUCUUUCGCGCCCAAACGUUUUUCGGUUUAUUACACUGGAAGAAGGAAUGUGGGUCUGGUAAGGAUUCGGGCCAUGUGCUCGGAUUCAUCCGGGUCCGGAUUGGAAGAGGAUGUUAAGAAGACUAUUGGUGAAAACCCGGUUGUGGUUUACUCCAAAACAUGGUGUUCGUACUCCUCGGAGGUGAAAUCCUUGUUCAAGAGACUUGGUGUGAACCCGCAUGUUGUUGAAUUGGACCAAUUAGGUUCUCAAGGAUCAGAACUGCAGAAGACUUUGGAGUCGCUCACUGGACAACGUACCGUUCCCAAUGUUUUCAUAGGCAGCAAGCAUAUUGGUGGUUGUUCAGAUACUGUGAAGCUACAUCAACAAGGGAAACUUGAAUCGUUGCUUUCAGAGGCUGGAGCUGUGAAAUCAGAGAGCUAGACUUUUGAGUGCUAUUAUCAGUUGAUAUUGCGCCACUUCUACACCGAUUAUUUCAGACUACUACGAGAUAUGCAACCUUUCUCCUCGUUUAUAUACAUUUACAUAUAUCCAUGUAUAUCUUGUCGAGUUAAUAAAAAUACGUCAUCGGUUUCUGCAUCGAUUUGUAUUUGCUUCUUGUACGAGUGAGCGUAUCUCGGUGAACACACUGAUUCUGUGGUGUUAUAAUGCAGAAUUCUUCCAUGUCUUUGUGUUGAUUUA